AUGCAAAAAACUAUCCCUUACUUCACUUCAACAACUGUAAUCCCAAAUAGUCUCACAAGAUCCAGCGCCGUCUUGGCAAACCGGGACCGCCAGCCCGAAAUUCCAGAAACACCAAAUCCCAUCUUCAUCUUCACACCUCGGUGCCGCAACGACUACCCACCACCCACCAAAAUGAAUCUCUCCACCUUCCGCCCCAUCUUCCGCCCCUUCAAAUCACCCCUCCCACGACCUCAAACAACCGCCAUCCGCCCACAACCACAAUGCCUUAACCCAACAUCCACACCCACCCACCCACAAUCCUUCUCCUCGACCACACGCCUACAAAAACGCACCAAAAAAGGCAGCGGCGGCGGCACAGACCCAAGAAUAACGGCAAUACGCUACCACCUCUCCCACCCCCUCACCCCGCGCCCCCUCCACUUCUCCCGCAACCGCCACCUCCGCCACUGGACCAUCCACCGAACGCGAACUCGAGCGCCAAUACAUGAGCAUGCGCGCGGCAUGCGAGCACCUGCGCGUGCUGGACAACCACGGCAACCGCGUGAGCGAGGAAGAGGCGGGCGGGCAGGGCCCUGA